AUGUUGCGCCUCAGUCUCACCCCGCUGCUCGUGCUGGUGCUGGGGGUCAGCCUGGGGGCUGCCUUUCCCCAUGACACCCUGAGGAAGGGCUGCAGGCUGUCCAAGUACCAGAACAUUGCUCAGGAGGAGCAGAAGGCUGUGGACAAGAUGAGACAAGAGUUUGUGAACGACCACAAAUGCAACACCAGGCUCUUCCAGCGGAAAUGGAACGCGGUAGACCUGCCGAUGUCGGACCGAGCGGUGCUGGUGGCGGCCGAGCUGAACCUCACCACCGCCAUGCUGGAGCUCCCCGCCUCCCCCGGCUUCGCCGAGGCGCGCCGGCGGCCCCUGGACUUCUUCACCCAGGCCCGGGAGGACGUGCGCGGCUGUGUGAGUGUGGAUCCCUCGCACCAGCCCUCGGGCAGGCUGAGGCACUGGCUGCACAGGCUGCAGGCGGCCGACAGCGCCGAGAGCGCGGCGUGCCUCCGGGCCACCACCGUCCUGCACGUCCUGCGGGUGCUGGACAACCUCCGCUGCGCUGCCCUCCAGGACAAGUGCUGA